CGCUCACCACACCUACGUCGACCUCGCUGCCGCUCCCUAUAUAACCUCAGCGACGCGCAUGACAACGGGCACCCCUGCUCUACCCUCGUCCGCGCUGCUCUUGUCGUCGUCGUCGUCGUUGUGGUCGUCCUUGUUCUAAUUACGUUACACGCGAGAACAAUAGACUACCCUACCUCCUGGCCUAAACCUUCCACAUCCCGAUAUCCAUCCUUCCAAACUUUCCGCCUCCCAUGCGUUUAUCAGUCGCCAGGCUGCGACACUUCGCGACGGCUCUUUUGAUCCUUUCGCCUUUCGUCGAGUGUCGCGAAAAGUCUCUAUUUACCUCUUCCGUGUCGUACUGCUCCCCACCCGAAGCCAUUCUCAUCUCACAGUUUGAUGUCAAAUACUUUGCCGACAACUCCUCCGUUUUCUUCAACGUGUCGGCCGCUAGCGUUGAAAAGGACGCGAACGUGACAGCGAACCUCUACUUGAAUGUCUACGGCUUGACAUGGAACUUCACGAUUAACUUAUGUGAUGUCCUAAGCGGUGCCCUCUGCCCUCUCCCUCAGUACCAACUGAACGGCUCGGAGACCAUUCAGUUACCUUCCUCUCUGGACGUGUCGUCCAGAGUUCCGGGAAUCGCAUACCAGGUUCCCGACCUGGAGGCUUUCGCGCAGCUGAAGCUGAACGAAGUCAGUACCGGCGAUCUCAAGGCGUGCGUCCAGUCCACUCUGUCCAAUGGAUGGUCAACACAUCAACCGGGCGUCGAAUGGGCAACUGGCGCCGUGGCCAUUCUUGCCUUCCUGUCUGCAAUCUGGCAUUCCAUCAUCCCCGAAUCCCUCGCACCCUUCCGAUUCCUAGACUUAAUUUAUCUCUACCAGGCGAUAGCUACUUCUGCGUUCCUGGACCUCAAUUAUUCAUCCCUCUACCGCGCCUUCACACUCAACUUCUCAUGGGCGAUGGGGCUCUUCCCAAUGUCCUUCACUUCAUCUAUGCAGAACUCUAUCAACAAUAUGCGACACAAGACCGGUGGUCACCUUGCGGACUCCAGUAGCGGGAAUGCUGUGAGUCUCGUGAACCGUCGGCUCAGUCCGUAUAAUCAAGAUUACGUGGUUCCGGAAAGUCUCAUUGCAAAGGCUGGCGCAUUGCCGUCGAUGGACUUCGUUAAAGGGUUCAUCUUCCCUUCUGCUGCCUCCCCUCGCAACACUUCCGUUCUGGCGACGCGAGACGUCGCCACAGUCACCACUGAUUCCGAUAAUGUUCUGCAAGCGGGCAUCCCUAUCUACGUCAACUCUGUUGGCAUUUCAACAGGCAAUGCUUUCAUGACCAUUUUCCUCGUGGUCCUCAUUAUGAUCGCGAUCGCUUCGGCUGCUCUCGCCGUUGGAUACGGCUUGGCGCUGUUACUGACGCGUUCUCGGUGGGGCCAACGAGAGAGUGUAUUGGAAUUCGAGGAUCGCUACUCUGCUUUUGCGAGAGCGUGGGGUCUACGACUGGCCUUCCUCGCUUUCUCUCCAGUCGUGAUCUUCACCUUCUACCAGUGGACCUUGAAAGACUCGUGGCUUGCUGUCCUGCUUUCCGUGAUCAUGUUCCUCGUCAUCGUUGCAUAUGUGCUGUGGCCCUCCUUCGUCACCCUACGCCUUGCUCGCGACUCAUCGCCCUUCGCGCUUUACACGCAUACCGAUCACCUGCAAGCAAACGGGCCAUUGUAUGCGCAAUACCGCAAUCCUCGCUAUUACUUCUUCGCUCCUCUGAUUGUCGGGGCCUUCCUCAAGGCGCUGUUCGUAUCAUUCGCGAAGGCGAGCGGCACAACGCAGGUUAUCGCGCUCAUUAUCAUCGAGUUUGCUGUCUUUGUCGCCGUUGUGACCCUUAAACCGUUCAGACGUCGGGGCGGCGAUUUCCUAGCGGGUUACCUGGCUAUUGUACGGCUUAUUUGUACGGGGCUCAUGGUGUCCUUCAUCGAGCGCCUGAACGUCAAGCCCAUCCCGCGAACCGUUAUUGGCGCUGUGAUUGCCGUGAUCUGGGCUGUGGCUGUUGUCGUUAUGUUCAUCAAUAUUGUGGUGAACCUUGGCCUGUCGAACCUGUGGCGUCGUCACAAGAACUCUGCGCAGUCCUCUAUCUUGGAGAAGGGUGAGACUAUCGAGAAGAGCCGACGUGGUAGUUGGCGUCAGCUUCCGUCGCCGGAGGAUAAGCUUGAAGAUCGUGCAGCGCAGGGCCCCUAUCCCGAGUUCCAGCGCGAGAACUCUGAUUCGACGUUGAAUGACUCGUCUCAAUCGAGACGUUCGUUGCGGCAAUCGACCAUCCCCUCCCAAUAUUCCCAUUAUUCACCAGAAGGAUCGCAGUACUCUACACCAUCACGGACUCCCCUUUCUCAUCUCGAGCCCUUACCGCCUCACCAAGAGCAUUUUUGAAGGACUCAUUCAUUCUAGACUCGCAUCGUUCAGUCGCAUCGAAGGAUCUUCAUUGCAUCUAAUGUUAUCUGCAUCUCACUCGAUCGUCACAAUGCAUUUGCCUGGCUUUUCUACAUCUGCACUAGUUCUACUGCAUCUUUCUGUGUGACCACAUUCGUUUUACCGUAGAAUAUGUAUUUUAGGGUUCGGGCUAAUUAUCAGAAUGCCUUUUACGACUAUAGAUUUUUGCUGUAAAGACCAUUAUGUAUCCUUUAGGGUUUCUGGUUAUCGAAUGAA